AUGGCUUCGCAAAAGCAUUCCAACGAACCUCCGUCGUACGACCAAGUGAUAGCUGAGAAUUAUUCCACACAAUACGUGUCAAAUGGUGAUUCCUCACAAUCGUCGGCACCAUCAGCACCGAUCGCAGUCACAGUAGCAACAGCAGCACCAUCGGCAUCCUAUCCAAGACAGGAAUACAUCCAACAGCAACCGAUCGCUACAGCCCACACGUAUGUAGCCCCUGUUGUUGGAACAGUGCCUUACUACGGGACCAUGGAUGGAAACAAAACAGCAGUGCCAAUUAUUCCGCAAGUUACCAUACAGACUGGACCGGCUCCACGCCCGGAAAUAAUCAACCACCAGAUUAUUGUUGUGAACGGUUGCCCUGUUUGCCGAAUCGGUAUGUUGGAAGAUGACUACUCUUGUUUGGGGAUAUUUUGCGCCAUUUUCUUCUUUCCACUCGGUAUACUGGCGUGUCUGGCACUGCGUAAUCGUCGCUGUACCAAUUGUGGUGUGCAGUUCUGA